GUGUCACCUGGGAACUGCCAGCAAAAGUAAAGCCUCGCUGCCGUGGAGACGGCGGCUGUAUUUGCUGAGCAGCCUCCCAUCCUGGUCGAGUGCCUUGGCGGCUGCGAGGCACCUGUCAGCCAGCCUCAGCAGUGGGUUCUUAUGAGCGACAAGAGCAGCAACCAAUCAUGGAACAGCACUUUCGAGACACUUCCUGUGGAAGAGAAAAGAGGUAGUGAGCUGGUGUUUCAGGAUGUGAGGGCCCGCAGGAGCGGAGCUGGGCUCUCUCUCUGCUGCCUGCCCUUCGCCGUGCAGGCUCUGGCCAGAGCUGCCUACAGUCCCCAUGGUGGGCGCCCCCCGCAGUGGGGACCCGUGAACAGCAGCGGCAUGCCAGGGAAGCCCAAGCACCUGGGCGUCCCCAACGGACGCAUGGUUGUGGCUGUCUCAGAUGGAGAGCUGAGCAGCACGGCGGGGCCCCAGGGCCAGGGAGAGGGCCGAGGCAGCUCCCUCAGCAUCCACAGCCUUCCCAGUGGCCCCAGCAGCCCCUUCCCCACCGAGGAGCAGCCUGUGGCCAGCUGGGGCCUGUCCUUCGAGCGGCUGCUGCAGGACCCGCUGGGCCUGGCUUACUUCACUCUGGGAUGUUUCCUUCUCUCUGCCUCUUAUUUUCUCUCUGUGCCUCCGGAUCUCAUCCCAUCUGUCUGUCUGGCCCUAUCUGUCUGGCUUGGCCUCUUGGCCCUCUCUCUAUACCAAUCUCUUGGACCACAUCCCCUGACUGGGUCUCUGUGUCUCGCCUCUGUGUCUGUGCCCCCUUCUCCCCACCCCCAGGAGUUCCUGAAGAAGGAGUUCAGUGCUGAGAACGUAACAUUCUGGAAGGCCUGCGAGCGCUUCCAGCAGAUCCCCGCCAGCGACACCCAGCAGUUAGCUCAGGAGGCCCGGAACAUCUACCAGGAGUUUCUGUCCAGCCAGGCACUGAGCCCUGUGAACAUCGACAGGCAGGCCUGGCUUGGCGAGGAGGUGCUGGCAGAGCCCCGACCAGACAUGUUCCGGGCACAGCAGCUUCAGAUCUUCAACUUGAUGAAGUUUGACAGCUAUGCACGCUUCGUCAAAUCCCCGCUGUACCGCGAGUGCCUCCUUGCGGAGGCCGAGGGUCGCCCCCUGCGGGAACCUGGCUCUUCGCGCCUUGGCAGCCCUGACGCCACGAGAAAGAAGCCGAAGCUGAAGCCCGGAAAGUCGCUGCCGCUGGGCGUGGAGGAGUUGGGGCAGCUGCCUCCUGCUGAGGGCCCUGGGGGCCGCCCACUCCGCUUGUCCUUCCGCAGAGAACUAGGGGGCGGCGCGUCAAACUCAGCCUUGCGCCGAGAGUCCCAGGGGUCCCUCAACUCCUCUGCCAGUCUGGACCUCGGCUUUCUUGCCUUUGUCAGCAGCAAAUCUGAGAGCCACCGGAAGAGCCUUGGGAGCUCAGAAGGCGAGAGUGAAAGCCGACCAGGGAAGUAUUGCUGCGUGUACCUGCCUGAUGGCACAGCCUCCCUGGCCCUAGCCCGACCUGGCCUCACCAUCCGUGACAUGCUGGAAGGCAUCUGUGAGAAACGAGGCCUCUCUCUACCUGACAUCAAGGUCUACCUGGUGGGCAAUGAGCAGAAGGCCCUGGUCCUGGAUCAGGACUGCACCGUGCUGGCGGACCAGGAAGUGCGGCUGGAGAACAGAAUCACUUUCGAGCUCGAGUUGGCGCCGCUGGAGCGCGUGGUGCGGAUCUCCGCCAAGCCCACCAAGCGGCUGCAGGAGGCGCUGCAGCCCAUCCUGGCGAAGCACGGCCUGAGCCCGCAACAGGUGUCGCUUCGUCGGCCAGGCGAGAAGCAGCCACUAGAUCUGAGGAAGUUAGUGAGUUCGGUGGCGGCCGAGAGAUUGGUUUUGGACGCUCUCCCAGGUGUGAAGAUCACUGAAGCUGGCGACAUAUCGCCCUGCCUCAGCCAGGGUGGCCCGCCUACAAUCCAGGACAAGGCCGCCCACCUCCCUCCACUGUCCCUGAACUCGCUGGCCCAGGCACCCAGUAGUAUCACUGGGAAGCGGCAGACCUGUGACAUUGAAGGCCUGGUGGAGCUGCUGAACCGGGUGCAGAGCAGUGGAGCCCAUGACCAGAGGGGCCUUCUGCGCAAAGAGGACCUGGUGCUUCCAGAAUUUCUGCAGCUGCCUGCCCAAGGAGCCAACUCCCAGGAAGCCCCACCACAGACUGAAUCAGCGGCCCAGCCCAAGGGGAGCCCCUCAGACUCCACUGCGCACUCGGCCCUCUGACAGCUGCCCAACCGUCCAGGCCGGCUGCAUGGCACCUGGCGGGCCAAGCAUGCCAUGGGCCCGCUCUGCAUGCCCUGUCUGUGCCAUGAGUGUCCCUGGCCCCUUCCUGCCACGGGCAGGCCCGCAGGAAGAGCUGGGAGGGGAUGGAGAGGCGAAUCAGAGGAGUGACACUCCACAGCUGCCACCACUUGGUCCCUUACAGGCUUGCUCGUCCAUCCCUUGCUGCCAGGCCACCAGGGGGAAGUGGGCCUAGCCCCCAGUGCAGGUGUGCCCAACACGGAGGGGCGGCGUUGGCAGUGCCAGCCUCCCCACCAUGUGCCAGGCCUCAGCAAUGAGUAGGAAGAGGGGCCGGCUCUUCCUCAGGGAGCUGGUAUGAGUAAGGCCUGGGGGUGCAGGCAGGCAGGCAGCCCCUCCCUCUACCCACAGAGAUGCUACUGAACUUUUGGAUUUUGCAGUUGGCUUGGGGCAGCUGGGUUUGUCCUGGAUGUAUGAUAUUGUUAUAAUAAUAAUUAUUGUUCUGCCAUAGGG